AAACAAAACAAAAAUGUCUGCAUGCAACAGCUUACUAGAUCUACAAGAGCAGAUUUGCUAUGUACACUGUGGCUUCUGCAACAUCAUUCUAUUGGUUAGUGUCCCUUGUAGCAGCUUAUUGAAAGUUGUCACAGUAAGAUGUGGUCACUGUGGAGGUCUCCUCUCAGUAAACAUGAUGAGAGCUUCAUUUCUCCCUCUACAUGUCUUAGCUUCACUCAACAACACUUCCCUCAUUGAUGAUGAGCAAACAAAAGAAGUCUGUGCUGAAGAUGUGGAGCCUCUGAAAGCUUCAGAUGAGUACUGCUCACCAAUGACCAUUUCUGACAAUGAUGAAGAAGAGAAAGUACCAUCCAACCCAAUAGUCAAUAAGCCCCCAGAGAAGAGGCAAAGAGCUCCAUCAGCCUACAAUCACUUCAUCAAAGAAGAGAUACAGAGGCUGAAGGCUAGAGAACCCAAUAUCACCCACAAAGAAGCUUUCAGCACAGCUGCCAAAAAUUGGGCCCAUUUCCCUCGAAUUCAGUACAAAGGAGAUGGAGAGAGCUGCAGCAAGUGCCAGGGGAAGGGAAAAGUGUCAAGGAACCCAGCUGUUAACGAGGUAUGAAACCUCUUAAAUAGUAAACCAUUAGAUCCUACCAAGGGCAAAGGUAGAUUGGAUCACGUGAACUCAUUUAUACACACUACCAAGCAUGUGU